AGCAGCCGUUUCUCGGUGCGGCUUCAGUACGCUCUGUCGCCUCUCCCUUGUUGUUCGAUUUGUCCUGUCAACAGAGAGCCGAAGCCGAGUGGCACGAAGAAGCACUCCUCCCUGCUACCCCCUUCUUUUAUACGCAGCACUCUCUGCGGAGACGCCGUUUCACUCUUUUUCCUCCGUCCCUUUCGUUCUCUUCUCACUGCUAUCGCAAUAACCACUCUCCGUCGCAUCCGCCUGCAUAUAUACUGUCUUUUCUGAUCACUGCUAUCAAACGCAACUGGUCUUGCAAAAUCGCUCUCAUUCUCGACUCUAUAAACGGAACGGAACUUCAAUUUCUUUUUCAGCAUGAGCUCUACGCAAACUAACGCUACCGCCUCUGGUGCCGGGGGAGCACCAGGAGGAGCUGGCGGAGGAGGUCCACAAGGCCCAAACCCAGACGAAGUACUUGUCUACUGGCUAGACAUCGCACUCCUCUGCACAGUCGGAGUCUUCGCACUUGCCUUUCUCCCCCGGGCAAUAGCACGUUUCAGCUCCCUCUCCUCAUGGACGCGCGGAUUGAUUCUGCGCUCCGGAUCCUCUCCCGAACCAAUGGUCCAACCCGCCAUCCCCACAUCGACAUACAAUGCAAAGAACGUUAACCCCAGCUCAGACCGUCUUCAUCGCGUCAACACAAUGACAACUCUCAGAGGCGGCGAAGACUCCUCCGAACAAUCGCAUACACUCGCAAACCACGACGUAUAUGCGUCCUCCCGCGCAGGUGGAGUCGGCAAAGAAUGGGCUUCGAUGCCUCCAGCUUCUGGCGUUAACACUAACUCACCACCACCACACGUCCCAGCUCUCUCAUCCCUUCUCCACCCACUCUCCACGCUCUUUUCAUACUCCGUCACACCGAGCAAGUCAGUUGGCAAAGUCACAGUUAUGGCUGCUUACCUCACUGCAAUCCUUGUUAUCGUCUUCGUCAACGGUGGGAACCCACUUGCUGAUACGAAUCGGUUGGGGUUCUUGGCUACGAGUCAGAUCCCUGUUGUUGUUGCUCUUGGUACGAAGAAUAAUAUCGUUGGUAUGUUGGUCGGUAUGGGUUACGAAAGGUUAAAUUUCCUGCACCGUUGGGUCGGUAUCGUCACGUUCGGUGCAGCCGCGAUGCACGCCCUCGGAUACAUCUACCAGUAUGCCAUCAAGCUAAGCCUUACGGAAUCAUUCCAGACAGCACUCGUCAUCCAUGGCAUGAUCGGCCUGAGCGGCGUGUCUCUCCUCUUCUUCGCAUCGCUUCCUGUUGUCCGUCGACGCGCAUAUACGCUGUUCAUAUAUGCGCAUAUAGUAGGGAUUGUCCUCUUUUUCGUCGGCAUCUGCUUCCACCAACCUGUAUGCCUACCAUACGUCCUCACCGCACUCGGUAUCUACGGCUUCGACCACCUCCUCCGCAUCAUCAAAACACGCAUCUCAACCGCACGCGUCACACCCCUCCCCGAACUCAGCAUGACUCGCAUCGAGCUACCAACCGUCUCAACCGGUUGGCGAGCAGGACAACACGUCCGUCUUCGUGUCCUCUCAAGCGAGAUGGGUUUACUCGGAUGGAGCGUCGCGCAUCCGUUCACUAUCGCUUCGUCGGCUGAGGGGAGAGGGUUGGUGUUGAUGUGUAAGAAGGCGGGAGGGUGGACGGGGAGGUUGUAUGCUGCUGCAAACCAGGCGGGGUCGGGUAGUGCUGGUGUGGAGGAGGGUUACGCAGCGAGUUGUGUAAGGGAGAUGAAGGUGGUUGUUGAGGGUCCAUAUGGUGGAGUAGGUAACAUGGUCAUGUCAAGCUACUCUUCCGUCCUGCUCGUUGCAGGUGGCAGCGGCCUCACAUUCGCAUUGAGCCAAGCGGAGGAGCUCACUCAGGCUAUCGUAGCCGGGAAGUCUGCAGUCAAGUUCAUAGAGCUCGUCUGGAUCGCACAGGAUAAAUCUUCCCUUAUCCCACUCCUGCCGACAUUCAGCUCCCUCCUCGCCUCCGUCUCCCAAAUCCCAGGUGUAAUCAUGCGCAUCUCAGUGCACUACACCCGCGCCGACAAGUCCAAAUCUCCCUCCCCUCCCUCCCUACUCUCCCCAUCCUCCACCUCCAAGCCCAACUUCACCCACCCAACCUCCUCUUCCUCCCCACUCGAAACCCACCUCGCAACCCUCGCCCCCUCCCUCACCCAACACGCCGGCCGCCCCGCCCUCAGCCGCAUGACCGAAUCCAUCGCCCGCCUCACAUCCAGCAUCCCACAAGCUAAAGGCCUCGCAGUAGGCGUAUGUGGUCCACUCGCGCUUGCUGAUGAAGUCAAACGUGCUGUGAGAGGUGUUAAUAAUGAGUUGAGAGCUGCGUGUGGGGGUGUUGAGGUUCAUGAAGAAGCGUUCAGCUGGUAA